AUGGCUGAUGAACGAGAUUUCGCCGCUGAGAAUGUCGCGCCCGACGCCGAUGAUCUCUCUCCCGGCGAACCCGCUACUCCUCCAUUUCCCCGUCAGACCUCGAGCCCCGUCGUCCUCCCAUCCCGCGAAUCUUCGGGAAACGGCUUAUCUGCGUCAUCCACACACCUGGGUCAGAUCAAUGCUGCGCGACGAGGUGUUGGGUCUUCACCACACACCCAGUCGUCGAUGAGCUCACAAGGAGCCGGUGGAUUAAAUCAAGACAUUUUGGCAAAAAUGAAGGCAUUCUCGUUAUCCCGCCAAGGUGCUCCGCAGCCACAAACUGCUGCCUCAACAGGGCACAUCCCCAUGGCCCAAGGAGGCGGUGCAGGCGGUGCAAUUGCCGGCGGCCUGCCCCAGGGUAUCGUACGGCCCAAUCCUCAAAAUUGGUCAUCUGCCCCUUCUGUUCCCGCCACUGGCUCUGGUCCUUUGUCACCCCGGCCAGGAGGAAGCCUAGCGGCAAAGCGCGUAAAGCCGGGUCUCAAGCUAUCGGAUAUCACUGGUUCGUCCACUCCUGCGGCAGGUGCAGACCAAAAGCAGGGCGCACAAAAUGGGGAGUCUGCCUUCAGCAAAUACUCUGAGUACAUUGAUACGAAGGAGGGCACUCUGAACUUUAAAAAUAAAGCUAUUCUACACGGAGGUGGUGUCGAAUUUUCGUCGGGCCACAGCUUCAAGAUCUCUCUAGAUGAAGUCGAUCGCUUGGAAGAGUUGGGCAAGGGUAAUUAUGGAACAGUCUAUAAGGUUCGACACACUCGCCCGCAUCUACGGAAACCAGGCCUAGGUUUGGGUGGCAUUGUUAGCCGGCCUCCAGGCCAAGAUGAAACGACUCCAGAAGCUGGGUCGAAUCAAUUGUCAGGCGUGGUCAUGGCCAUGAAGGAGAUUCGCUUGGAAUUGGACGAAGCCAAGUUUGCACAAAUCAUCAUGGAGUUGGACAUUCUACACCGCUGUGUCUCUCCGUUCAUCAUCGAUUUUUACGGAGCCUUUUUCCAGGAAGGUGCAGUCUACAUGUGUGUUGAGUACAUGGAUGGCGGCUCGAUCGACAAGCUCUACGAAGGUGGCCUGCCCGAGAAUGUUCUGCGGAAGGUGGCUCUGUCCACAAUCAUGGGAUUGAAAUCACUGAAGGAGGACCACAAUAUUAUUCACCGUGACGUGAAGCCUACCAACAUCCUUGUCAACAGCAAGGGCCAAGUCAAGAUCUGCGACUUUGGUGUCAGCGGAAAUCUAGUCUCUAGUAUUGCGAAGACCAAUAUCGGUUGUCAGAGUUAUAUGGCACCUGAACGAAUCUCGGGAGGUGGAAUGCAACAGUCGGGAGCGCCUAGUGCCGGUACAUAUAGUGUGCAGAGUGACGUCUGGAGUUUAGGCUUGUCCAUCAUCGAAUGCGCUAUGGGUCGAUACCCAUACCCACCUGAAACAUUUAACAACAUUUUCAGCCAGUUACACGCUAUCGUCCACGGAGAUCCCCCAACACUACCCGAGGGAUUCUCUGAAGAAGCGCAUGCAUUCGUCCGGGCCUGUCUCGACAAGAACCCCAAAAACCGACCAACAUAUGACAUGCUACUACGCCACCCUUGGCUGGCCCCUCUCAUGCAGCCACCAACCGAGUCAGAUGGCAACAGUGCCCCACUACCCGAGGAGUCCGGGUCCGGCGAUGCCGCUUCAUCCGCCAUUACAGAGGACAGAGAAGUGGCUGAGUGGGUGAAAAAGCAAAUGAAACUCAAGGAGGACGGCGUCCUACAUAUCUCCGAGAAGCCAGCACUUCACGCCGUCGCACUAGAUCAGGUCGGCACGGGCUCUUCCGGGGGUGAUCCCCACGCUCUGUCGCAAGAUGACUGA